AUGCCACUUCGCAAGAGGAGUUCGGCAGAGGCAGAGCGCGAACUGGCAUUAAAGAGCCUAAUCGGAGGGGAGGAAAAGGAGAACGACAAGUCAACCAAUGAACCACUGAGCUGGAAGAGUGUCCAUUCUCGACAAGAGAAAAGACGAAGUGGUGGUAUGUUGAUUACAGCGGUUGCCCCUCUGAGUCCUAUGAAAAGAUCGGAUGGCUCGAGGGCCGACGAAACACCAGGUUGUGAGAGUCCUUCAGCCAAGAGAAGAAGUCUUCACGGACCGGGCCUCGAUUUCAGCGUGUUCGAGUCCGACGGUCUGGAGAACGGAAUGUUCGGUGACAGACGAGCGCAGGAUGACAACGAUUGGUGUGUGGGCAACUCUUUACUGUCAUCGUCACGAUUUUCCACAAUUCCGAAGCGGUCGUCGUCAUUGAGGAAGUCGACCAUUCAGCAAAGACAGGUCGACCGGUCAAGCAAUUUCAAAACACAACAUGCCAACGAGGCGGACAAGUCUUGGUUGGACUUUUCUCCAGCAGCAAACCCCAAAAAGGAGAUACGAAUAUCGCUGGAUAACCACAUGAAUCCGUUCCCACGCGAUAGUCCCUUUCCAAGCCAAGGGAAUCUCUUGAGCGCGUCUAUCCACCCGGUGAAUGCCAGCCAGAAUGGCUCAUCCUAUCAGCCUCGACAUCCCCUUUCUCGAACCAUGACCCAAUCAUCGUCGCUGCAAGACGAGCAAGACGAUUCGCCGACUCAUGAACCGAUGCACCGCCCGAACAGGCCUCGUUCUCAUGAUUUUUCGAAAUCCUUGCCAGUCGGCUCGUCAAGGCCAAUUCCAUCGCCUGGAGACAACGAAUUCUCCUCCCAGGCUUCUUUCGCCACGCCAGGCAACUACAAAGCUGCCAAACCCUUGCCGGCGGCUUUCAUGUCGACUGGGCUCAUCUCGAAGAAGAACCGUAAUGUGGACGAUCCAAACGCGGGCCUACCAAAAGCCCACAUGCCAGAUACUCCCUGCAAGAAACAACCUGCCAUUUUCCAAACCGAGGAGAAGUUUGCGCCCGCCAAGAGUGCUGUCAACAGAAUCUCUCGACAAUCUUUUGGUGUCCCCCCGAGUCCACUCGAGGUGAGCCACGGAGCUUCCAAGGUCUCGGCCUUUCCCUUCUCCAAGAGCGUUGGCAUAUUCGGACCUCGCCCCAGUCGACACAAUUUGCUUCGGGACGGAAGUUUCGCAUCCAUCGACCCCGACGACAAAGCGGUCGGUCGUUCCCCAUUAAGUCGCGCGAAUAGUCAGUCGACAGACUCUGACUAUCCCCCGACACCGACCAAGCACUUGACAGAGCCUCAUGAUAGGAGUUCAGUUUCUCCAUCACCCCAUCACUCAGCCUUGUCCACCAACCGAGCUGUCGCUCCUCCGACCCAUGUAACUCGUUUGGCAAGCAGUAAGUUAUCUCCUAUUGUGGCAUCGUCAGGAUGCACCGAUGUGGACAGUGACAGCGCGAUGGAAGAUUCUCCGUCCGCCAACCUGAGACCAAAGUCGGCGCUGAAUGUCGUCAACCUGCCGGGCCCCUCUUUUACCCAAGGACGAGCUUCGAAAGGUCUCAGAGAUCCUCUUUCGACAAGGAGGGCACUUUCGAUCCUGGCCAUGUAUCCCCCUGCUUUGGAACGUGCUAAAAGAAUCUCUGUGCCACCAGUAAGCCCAAGAGUCGAACGGACGGACCGUGGAUCUCCUCACACACCUCUCGACAGCUUCUUUCCUCCUGAUCCGAGCGGCUUGACCAUAUCGGGACGCGCCGAACGCCCGCCGACGAGACAGAGUAACAUGGCACCUAUCAUUCCAGCGACACCAACUGGGCCGCGAGAGUACUUUACGAACUUCUCCAACCGCCCAAGUCUGAACCUUGCCUCGUUAGACGCGGCAAAUAUUGAUAGCAGCCUGACAUCAAGAUUUGACAAGGUUGACCUUAUUGGCUCGGGAGAGUUCUCGCAAGUAUACCGGGUUUCGCAGCCCCCAGAGGCAUCUCCAUUCCAUAAGAUCUAUUCAGUGUCCACCAGCCGCCCGUCCUCAAGAAGUUCUGUUCCUGAAAGAAUCUGGGCCGUCAAGAGAUCCCGGCAUCCUUACACUGGUACCCGAGACCGUCAGAGGAAGAUUCACGAGGUGGACGUGCUCAAAGCCCUGGGUCAUUCAGAUCACAUUGUGACUUUUGUCGACAGCUGGGAGGAAAACGGUCAUCUUUAUAUUCAAACAGAGUUCUGCGAAGAAGGUACACUUGACGUCUUCCUUGCGCAAGUCGGCCUGAAAGCGAGGUUGGACGAUUUCCGCAUCUGGAAGAUCCUUCUUGAGCUUGCCAUGGGUUUGAAGCACAUCCACGAUUCAGGAUUCAUCCAUCUCGACCUCAAGCCGGCCAACGUCCUCAUUACAUUUGAGGGCGUCCUCAAGAUUGCUGACUUCGGUAUGGCAACCCGAUGGCCGGCAAAAGCGGGUAUAGAAGGCGAAGGGGACCGCGAAUAUAUCGGACCCGAGAUCCUGAUGGGUCGAUACGAUAAACCUGCCGAUAUCUUUGCACUCGGUCUGAUCAUGUUGGAGACGGCUGGAAAUGUUGAACUACCGGACAAUGGUGUAUCCUGGCAGAAGCUGCGGAAUGGGGAUAUGAGCGACGUCCCCAGUUUGACGUGGAGUUCUGGAACCAGCGGGAUUUUAAGGGACUCGUCCGGUAACCCUGUGUCCAGAGAACAUUCCUUUGAAUUCCGGCUGGACAACGACCAGCAUGACGUGGAAGUGAUGGACGGCGACGAUUUCGAGUCGACUACGCCGGAGCCUUACCAAAAACCCCCACGGUUCGAACGAAGCGGCGAGCUUGUCGAUCCGCCUCAGUUUAUGGUGGAUCCUGCUCACGAACAAGCUCUCGACCGAGUUGUGCGCUGGAUGAUAUCCCCAGAUCCAAAUGACCGCCCUCUUGCCAGCGAGGUGCUCAACACCGAAGGUGUUCGGUGGGCAGAAACGAGGCGGCGCGCAGGAGCGACUGUCUUUGAAGGCAACUGGGGGCCUGCCGACGAAGUACUUGCUGAAGAUGCGGAAAUGAUCGAUGUCUAA